AUGGAAGGAGCUGGAGGAAGUAGCAACUCGGAUCCAAGAUUCGAGUUUCUCGGAUCAUUUGUCCAAAAAACAUUGAAGCUUAAACCAGAGAAAUGGCAUCGAUUGGUCACUCUCGAAGAGCACAAAGCAGUUUUAAAGGAAUUUUUUGAUAACGCACAGACUGUCGUCAUGAUUAUUAUUCUCACACCUUCUGCACAAUUGAUUCCACUUGUAAGCUUUCCCAUACAACAACUCAAAAAUAAAGGUGUUUAUUUUGUCAAAAAAAAUCCCAUGGAUGUUCCUCGCGACGGUUGCAAGGAUGUUCUAGUUGUCGGAGAUCUUGCAACACGUACUAUCGACCAACUGUCUUGUUUAGUCGACGAAAUUUUUGUUCCACUUCUUUCAAACUCUGAUAAUCAUCUAGGAUGGCCUGAAAUGGUAGCACAAGAUGUACAAAAGCAAGUUCACAGUCUUAAAAGCACGGUUUACCAAGUCCAGGGUCAAGUUAGUGGACAGACUGUUCUACCAAUGCCCGUAGGAGUUGAUAAAUGUGUGCAGACGGCCAAAGAACUCGUUGUCAAUUCAGAAUGCUCGAUUAAUCUCUAUCUGAAGAGUGCAAUCGAGGGUGUUGUCAUCAAAUGGGCCACCCAAGUGAACGAUGUCAUGCUGGAGUCAAGUGCAAACGCAUUUAACGGUGGUCAAAAUCCUGUUCCUUCUGUAGAAAUAAAUUUUUGGAACAAUCGCCUCAAAAAUCUCACAUAUAUUUAUGAACAACUUCGUCAUGAACGCAUUCGAAGCAUGGCACUGAUUCUUGAAUAUACCGAUAGCGCUUACUAUCCGUGUUUUAAAACACUUUUUAAAAAUGUAGUCACCGCAUUGGCGGAAUCACGAGAUAUUACGCUUUAUUUGAAUCCGCUCACAAGACAUUUUCAACAAUUAGAAGAUACAGAGUUUUCGGAGUGCAAAGUUCUGUUGAAACCACUGCUGCACGUUGUUUGUUUGAUAUGGUCGAAUUCACUGUACUAUUGUCAUUCAGCAAAACUAAUAGUUCUUCUACGACAAAUAUGCAACUUAAUCAUCCAACAGGCAAAACGCUUUCUUGAUCCAUCUUCAAUUUUUCACACGGAUAUUGAUGAGGCAAUGCAAAGAAUAUCGUUGUCGAUUCAAAUUCUCAAAUACUUUCGUACCGUCUACGACGAGUACAAAGAUAAUAUUGCACCAUUUUUCCAAGAGCGGCCUGUCGUGAAUUGGACCUUUCAUCCCAACGCUGUAUUCGAACGCUAUAACGCCUUUCUAGAUCGACUAUUUACCAUACAAUGGUUUUUCAAUACAGUUAUAGAGUUUUUGAAAUUAGAAAAAGUGGAAAUAGGAGGAUUAAAAGGCCGAGCUCUAAGUGCACGUAUAACUGGAGUAUCGGUUGAGUUCAACCAAUGUUUCUCUCUGUUUGCCUCCAAAACAUACGAUGUGCUAGACCCUGAUGAUCCUACGUUUAAGGAAGAUUUUGUUAAGUUUCAAGAUCGUAUCUUGGAGCUCGACCUUAAACUAGCCGCAAUACUAUGUCAAGCAUUUGACGAUUGUCACAAUUUGGAGAGUGUAUUUAAGCUGAUUAGUAUCGUUGGAACUGUAUUGGAUCGACCCAAAAUAAAAGAGGAGUUCACUAACAAAUAUAAGCAAAUUCUAGUAAUGAUUGAUGAAGAACUAAGCACGUGUGAGAAUAUUUACUCUCAACAGAUGGAGCACUACCGCAAAGAGGGAUUUAUUUUUGUUGAUAGAAGUGCUCCACCUGUUACCGCAGCACUUCGAUGGGUAUUGCAACUGGGCAAUCGAAUUACAUCACCCAUCAAACAGUUUCAAACUCUACAGCACUCGGCGGUUCAAUCGGAUGAAGGCGCUGCAUUAAUCAAUCGCUAUGAUGUGUUAAUCGCAAAACUCAAAGAAUUCGAACGAUCUAUCUUCGAUGGCUGGGCCAAAGAAGUGCCAGAAAUAAUCGAAGCACAUCUAGAUAAACCAUUGAUUAUAAGGAAGAAAAAUUCUCCCGAACUUUUACUUAACUUUAGCCCACAACUGUUUGCUAUCCUUAGAGAAGUGCACUAUUUAAGACUCAUGGAAAAGGAGGAUAUACCACAACGAGGCUUAGAAUUUUCCGAUAAAAGUGAAGUAUAUCGAUCAUAUACUUUAAACAUGGAAAAAACCGUGGAUUGGUAUAACAAGAUUCGCAUGAACUGCACCAAAGUAGAAUUAGAACUUAUUAAAGGAGAAAUCGAACAUAUCGACACCCUACUUGAGCGAGCAAUUGACGAGCUCACUUGGAAUUCAGAGGACAUCCAAGGUUAUAUGAUACAAAUCCGCGAUCCCGUCGAGCAACUUCAAAAACGCAUGCAAUGUAUCCAAAACAAUUUACAAGAUAUUCGAACGACCAUGUCUGCUUGGGCGAAGCUACCGCUGUUUGAAAGAAAAGACUCGAAAAAAGACACUGUACUUUGCUUAGAGGAACGAAAUGAUCGUAAAACAAAACGAUAUGCAGAACUAGAAGCUGCAGCUAUCAAGGUUCAUCAGCUUUUGGAUACCAAUAUGGAACUUUUUGGUAAAAAAGACGAUCAAGAGGAUGCUAAUUGGGUGGAAUAUGUUAAAUUUGUCGAUAACAUCGUGUACGACAACUUGCUCUUCAUGAUCGGAAUCAGCAUUGGCUAUCUGGCUGAAAAUAUGGACAUUUCCAAUAAUCUUGCCCCAUUGUUUGAAUCACGUCUAGAGUUACUAGAGCCACAACUAGUAUUUGUUCCAUCACUAAAUCCAAAUGAUGUUAACGGUUUCACUGCUCUCCUAGCUGGAUUAGUGAAUGACAUAACAUUCAUGUCUUCAUUGCUUCCACGUCUGCUAAAAACAGCCAAUAAGACAUACGAACAAAUCAUCACCAAAAACAACGAUAUUCAAGAAAUGAAGGUUGAAAUUCUACAAGGAGUAGAUAAAGUAAUACAAGAAGCGGCUGAUUUUUGCGGAGACUUUGAGCGUUACUCGUACCUCUGGCUUGAGGAUCGCGAGUACAGUAUGGAAACGUUUCUCGAAUAUGGCCGCCAACUGGAAGCAGAUGAAAUUGAAUUGAUUAUCAAUAAAGAUCCGGACGCACCAAAACCCUGCCCACCGACAAUAGAGGCGUUUCGGGAACAAAUUGAUCAUUACGAAUCAUUGUAUCAGGAAAUCGAAAAAAUAGAGUCAUUUCAAAUAUUUAAUUCCUGGUUUCAAGUCGACGUACGUCCGUUCCGCCAGUCACUAAUGAACAUUGUACGCAAAUGGGGGAAUAUGUUUAAGGAACAUCUAGUGAACAACGUCACACACAGUCUAACCGAUCUCGGCAAUUUCAUUCGUAGAGCAGACGAAGGUUUGCUGCAGAUUGUUAAAGAAGGUGACUACGAAGGAUUGGUUAAUAUAAUGGCCUUUUUAUUGCACGUUAAAGAACGGACUGCUACUACAGAUGAAAUGUUUGAGCCGAUGAAGGAUACUAUAGAGCUACUCAAGUAUUACGACAUGGAUAUACCAGAGGAAGUCAAUGUGUACCUUCAGGAGUUGCCGGAACAAUGGGCUAAUACGAAAAAGAUUGCAUUAACUGUCAAACAACAGGUUGCUCCUCUUCAAGCAAAUGAGGUAGUUGGAAUUCGAAAUCGUAUAGCCAUGUUCGACAUUCAUAUUACAGUGUUUCGAGAUGUUUUUCGUACAUACGAGUUUUUUAAAUACGAUUGUCUGGAGCCUUACAUUCUUCUUGAUCGCAUCGAUGGUGAUGUCAAUCGUUUGGAAAAAGACAUGUCUGAUAUUCAGGAAUCUGGAAGUUUGUUUGAAGUGUCUGUCCCUGAAUUUAAACUACUUCGACAAUGUCGCAAAGAAAUGAAAAUGUUAAAGCAAUUAUGGGAUUAUGUGUUUAUCGUACGCACAAGCAUCGAAGAUUGGAAAACAACUCCCUGGCGCAAAGUAGAUGUUGAGAAUAUGGACAUCGAAUGCAAAAAGUUUGCCAAAGACAUACGCCUUCUAGACAAAGAAAUGCGUCCCUGGGAUACCUAUAUCACACUCGAAUCCACAGUUAAAAACAUGCUAACAUCGCUGCGAGCCGUAGGUGAACUGCAAAAUCCCGCCAUUCGAGAGCGUCACUGGAACCAACUUAUGUCCUCCACGAAGAGUUUAGCAAAUCUUCCACCCGAAAUUACAGUUACCUUUAUUAUGGACAAAAACACUACGCUUUCUGAUUUGCUUGCACUGAAUCUACACGAAUGCGAAGAGGAAGUAAAAAAUAUCGUCGAUAAAGCUGUUAAGGAAAUGUCAAUGGAAAAAAUACUUCGAGAUCUCCAUACUGUAUGGAACGGAAGUCCAAACACAAAAAUGAUGGAGUUUGAAUAUGAAACACACUUACGCACAGGAUCUACACUACUGAAAGCCUCGGAAGAAUUAAUUGAAACAUUGGAGGAAAAUCAAGUUGUUCUGCAGAAUUUAAUCACAUCUAAAUUCAUAGCUCAUUUCCUCGAGGAAGUGUCGGAAUGGCAGAAAAAGCUAACCACAGCCGAUCAAGUAAUUACGGUGUGGUUCGAGGUACAACGUACAUGGGCCCAUCUAGAAUCGAUUUUUAUGAGCUCGGAUGAUAUACGCAUGCAGUUACCGGUUGAUUCGGAACGGUUUGAUAAUAUUGAUGCCGAGUUUAAAAUAAUGAUGGAAGAGAUGGCAAAAAAUUCGAACGUAAUUCACGCGACAAAUCGCGAAGGAUUGGUUGAUAAACUGGACAACCUGCAGAGUCAACUAGCAUUAUGUGAAAAAGCUUUGGCUGAAUAUCUUGAAACAAAACGGCUAUACUUCCCGCGAUUUUACUUCGUUUCAGCUGCUGACUUAUUGGAUAUCCUCAGUAAUGGCAAUCGGCCAGAGGUGGUUUGCAAGCAUUUAACUAAACUGUUCGAUUCUAUCGCUAAACUAAAAUUUGAAUCAAAUGAUGAUGGUCAAAGCAAAAAGGCAUUGGGCAUGAUAGCAAAAGAUACGGAAUAUGUCAAAUUUUUCGAGUCUUGUAACUGUACUGGUGCCGUAGAAGUAUGGCUUAACCGUAUACAAAUUGCAAUGAGAUCGUCUUUAAGAAGCUACAUAGCCGAAGCUGUUGUGGCAUACGAAGAAAAACAACGCGAACAUUGGCUGUUUGAUUAUCCUGCACAGGUAUCACUUUGCGGAACGCAAAUUUGGUGGUCCACUGAAGUAAACAUUGCAUUUAGUCGACUGGAAGAGGGCUACGAUAAUGCUAUCAAGGACUAUUACAAGAAGCAAAUUUCUCAACUAAGCACACUGAUUACGCUACUACUUGGAGAACUUACUAGAGGCGAUCGACAGAAAAUUAUGACUAUCUGCACAAUAGACGUACAUUCCAGAGACGUUGUCAGCAAACUCAUUCAGUCGAAGGUUGAAUUUGCAUCAGCGUUUCAGUGGCAAUCUCAGCUUCGCCAUCGAUGGGAUGACGUAGAGAAAGAUUGCUUCGCUAAUAUUUGUGACGCACAAUUUUGCUACAGCCAUGAAUACCUUGGUAAUACGCCGCGUCUAGUCAUUACACCACUAACCGAUCGGUGCUACAUUACAUUGACCCAGUCUCUGCAUUUGGUUAUGGGAGGAGGUCCAGCUGGACCAGCCGGAACAGGAAAAACGGAAACAACCAAAGAUCUCGGACGUGCCCUCGGUAUUAUGGUAUACGUUUUCAAUUGCUCCGAGCAAAUGGACUACAAAUCCUGUGGUAACAUCUAUAAGGGUUUAGCCCAAACAGGCGCAUGGGGUUGUUUCGAUGAAUUCAACCGAAUAUCCGUGGAAGUGCUUUCGGUUGUAGCGGUGCAAGUAAAAUCCGUACAGGACGCGAUACGAGAUAAAAAAUCUAAAUUUGAUUUCAUGGGAGAGUUCAUCGCUUGCGUACCAACAGUUGGUAUAUUUAUCACCAUGAAUCCUGGAUAUGCUGGACGAACUGAGCUACCGGAGAAUUUAAAAGCUCUUUUUCGCCCGUGUGCAAUGGUCGUUCCUGAUUUUGAAUUGAUUUGCGAAAUUAUGCUGGUUGCUGAAGGAUUUCAAGACGCCAGAGUGCUUGCACGGAAAUUCAUCACUCUCUACACGCUGUGUAAGGAGCUACUUUCUAAGCAAGACCAUUAUGAUUGGGGCUUACGAGCAAUCAAAUCAGUUUUAGUUGUUGCUGGUUCCCUGAAACGCGGAGAUCCUGGCAGACCGGAGGAAGAAGUUUUGAUGCGAGCUCUUCGUGACUUCAACAUUCCUAAAAUCGUAACAGAUGAUAUGCCUGUUUUUAUGGGUUUGAUUGGUGAUCUAUUUCCAGCGCUGGAUGUUCCAAGAAAGCGUGAUUUGGAAUUUGAAAAAACCGUCAAACAGGCAACACUUGAUUUGGCUCUUCAGCCAGAAGAUAACUUUAUAUUGAAAGUAGUACAGCUUGAAGAGCUGCUGGAAGUGCGACAUUCAGUUUUUAUUGUUGGCAACGCUGGUACAGGGAAGACCCAAGUAUGGAAGACGCUCUACAAAACUUAUCAGAACAUCAAGAAAAAACCCAUAUUCAAUGAUCUUAACCCAAAAGCAGUCACUAACGAUGAACUGUUCGGUAUCAUUAAUCCCGCAACACGCGAAUGGAAGGAUGGCUUAUUUUCGGUCAUUAUGCGUGACCAAGCAUCGCUCAGUGGGGACAAUCCAAAGUGGAUCAUCUUGGACGGUGAUAUAGAUCCCAUGUGGAUCGAAAGCCUUAACACUGUUAUGGACGACAACAAGGUUCUGACAUUGGCCUCGAACGAGCGCAUUGCGCUCACUCCAUACAUGAGAUUGAUCUUUGAAAUUUCAAAUCUGCGCACCGCCACACCAGCAACGGUGUCAAGGGCUGGUAUUCUUUACAUAAACCCGCAGGAUCUUGGAUGGAAUCCGUAUGUUACAAGUUGGAUUGAAACGAGGACAAUUCCCGCGGAAAAAUCCAACCUGGUCAUUCUCUUCGACAAGUACAUCCCAGCGUGCCUGGACAAUAUUCGAACGCGCUUCAAAAAAAUCACCCCUGUCGCUGAGAUGGCCCACAUUCAAAUGCUGUGUCACUUAUUGGAGUGUCUAUUGAUUCCAACCAAUACUCCAGCAGAUUGUCCCAAGGAGUGGCAUGACCUUUAUUUUGUGUUCUCGUGCGUAUGGGCAUUUGGUUCGGCUAUGUUCCAGGAUGCGGCCAUCGAUUACCGCAUAGAAUUUAGCAAAUGGUGGGUAAAUGAAUUCAAAACCGUAAAAUUUCCACCGAAUGGAACGGUUUUUGAUUACUUCAUCGAUACGGAAACGAAACAAUGGACCCCGUGGACAGAGAUUCUGCCAAAGUUUGAGAUGGACUGCGAUCAGCCAUUACAGGCGGUUCUGGUGCAUACCUCCGAGUCAAUUCGAUUGCGAUUCUUCCUUGAUCUGCUCAUGGACAGAACACAUCCUGUAAUGCUGGUUGGCAUUGCUGGUUGCGGGAAGACUGUCGUAGUCAACGAGAAGCUUGGUAGCCUCUCAGAGAACUACGCCAUUGCGAACAUACCGUUCAAUUUUUACACCUCCUCGGAGAUGCUGCAGAAAGUGAUGGAGAAACCAUUGGAGAAGAAAGCUGGGCGGAACUAUGGUCCACCUGGUAGCAAGACUCUAAUUUACUUCAUCGAUGAUAUGAACAUGCCGGAAGUAGACGCUUACGGUACUGUCCAGCCGCAUACGCUGAUUCGACAACAUCUCGAUUACAACCAUUGGUACGAUCGGAAUAAGCUAACGCUCAAAGAUAUCCACAAUUGUCAAUACGUCUCCUGCAUGAAUCCUACUUCCGGCAGUUUCACCAUCAAUCCGAGACUUCAGAGACACUUUUGUGUGUUCGCGGUUAGUUUCCCCGGCUCGGAUGCCGUUACCACUAUCUAUCAUUCGAUUUUGGUUCAACAUUUUGCCAAUGCUGAACAAAAGUUUAACAUAGCGGUUACAAAAAUAUCACAAAAUAUUGUCGCCGCAAGUUUGGCAUUACACACUAAAGUGGCACAAGUGUUUUUACCGACGGCCAUCAAGUUUCACUACGUCUUCAAUCUGCGUGACCUGACCAACGUAUUUCAGGGAUUGCUAUUCAGCACAAACGAUUGUCUGGUUUCGUCGAGCGAUUUCAUCCGUCUUUGGCUUCAUGAAACUCAGCGUGUUUAUGGUGAUAAGCUGCUGGAUGACAAAGAUAUCGACAGCUUUACCAAAAUGCAAAACGAUCUUGUGAAAAAAUCGUUUGAAGAGAUUGACGAGUCAAUCGUCUUCGAUAAACCAAAUAUAUAUUGUCACUUCGCUGGCGGAAUCGGUGAACCCAAAUACAUGCCAAUAACCGAUUGGGGCGUUCUAACAAAGCUUCUACAGGAAGCAAUGAUGUCGUAUAACGACCUAAUAUCUGCCAUGAACUUGGUUCUCUUUGAAGACGCCAUGAUGCACGUUUGCAGAAUCAACAGAAUAUUGGAGUCGCCUAGAGGUAGCGCCCUGCUGGUGGGUGUCGGUGGCAGUGGAAAACAAUCCCUGAGUCGAUUGGCUGCCUUCAUCUCCAGCUUGGAAGUGGCUCAAAUUCAACUGAAAAAAGGAUACAGCGUGGUGGAUUUAAAGAAUGAACUUUCCGGACUGUACAUGAAAGCAGGAAUGAAAAAUGUUGGCAUUAUGUUCCUCAUGACAGACGCACAGAUCUCGAACGAAAUCUUCCUAGUCAUAAUCAAUGAUUUGCUUUCCUCGGGUGAAAUACCGGAUCUGUUCCCAGACGAUGAAGUAGAAAACAUCAUAUCGGGUGUACGGAAUGAGGUGAAAGGAGCUGGUUUAGUGGACACACGUGAAAAUUGUUGGAAGUUUUUCAUCGACCGAGUGCGGCGUCAACUGAAAGUGGUACUUUGUUUUUCACCAGUCGGAGCGACGUUGCGUGUGCGUUCUCGUAAAUUUCCCGCUAUCAUAACGUGCACCCAAAUCAAUUGGUUCCACGAGUGGCCACAAGAAGCCCUGAUGUCCGUAUCGUUGAGAUUCUUACAGGAAUUGUCGGUUUUGCCAGCCGAAUGCAAGGACUCAAUUGCGCGCUUCAUGGCAUACGUACACACAUCUGUCAAUUCGAUGUCGAAAGUCUAUCUCCAAAACGAACGCCGCUAUAACUAUACCACUCCAAAAUCCUAUCUGGAACAGAUCAGCUUAUACGAUAAACUGUUGAAGGAAAAGCAUGGCGAACUCCGUAAAAAAGUUGAGCGCCUAGAAAACGGCUUGGAGAAGUUAAGAAACACUGCAGACCAAGUAGCAGCGCUAAAGCAAAAGUUAGCCAUUCAAGAAAUCGAAUUAAAAGAGAAAAACGAUGCUGCUGACGCGCUCAUCGAAAUAGUUGGAAUUGAGACAGAAAAAGUUCAAACAGAGAAAGCAAUUGCUGAUGAAGAAGAACAAAAAGUCGCCAUCAUAGCAGAAGAGGUCGCCAAAAAGCAGCGUGAUUGUGAGGAAGAUUUAGUGAAAGCCGAACCAGCUUUACUAGCAGCUCAAGAAGCCCUAAAUACUCUGAAUAAGGCGAAUCUAACUGAGCUGAAAUCGUUCGGAUCUCCGCCGGGAGUGGUAACAAAUGUCACUGCCGCUGUCAUGGUGCUAUUGGCCCCAAAUGGCAAAAUUCCAAAGGAUCGAAGUUGGAAAGCGGCUAAAAUUACGAUGGCUAAGGUAGACACAUUUUUAGACUCUUUAAUCAAUUACGACAAGGAACAUAUACAUCCCGAGAUCAUCAAAGCCAUUCAGCCAUACCUGAAAGAUACAGAGUUUGAACCGGAUUUUGUACGAUCAAAAUCUGCUGCUGCUGCUGGCCUUUGUGCAUGGGUCAUCAAUAUAAUAAAGUUUUACGAUGUCUAUUGCGAUGUUGAACCAAAGCGCCGAGCACUUGCUGCAGCUAAUGCUGAGCUCACAGCAUCACAAGAAAAAUUAGCCAACAUCAAAAGAAAAGUUGCUUCACUCGAAGAGCAGUUAGCAAAACUUACCGCAGAUUUUGAAAAAGCAACUGCAGAUAAACUACGCUGCCAACAAGAAGCUGACGCCACCCAGGCUACUAUUCAGUUAGCUAAUCGUCUCGUUGGAGGACUUGCUAGUGAAAACGUUCGUUGGGCAGAAGCAGUAGCAGAGUUUAUGCAACAAGCAACGACUCUACCUGGAGAUAUUUUGUUAGUGACAGCAUUUAUCUCGUACGUUGGUUGUUUCACGAAGCAGUUCCGAUUGGACAUGAUGAAUAAAAUGUGGCUACCAUUUCUAAGGGCGCUUGAACCUGCGGUUCCUAUCACAGACAGUCUAGAUCCACUACGUUUACUCACAGACGACACGCAGAUCGCCACCUGGCAAAAUGAAGGAUUACCAAGCGAUCGCAUGUCCAUAGAAAACGCUACUAUACUUAGCAACUCUGAUCGUUGGCCCCUGAUGAUCGAUCCCCAACUUCAAGGCAUCAAAUGGAUUAAGCAAAAGUACGGAGACACGCUCAAAGUUAUCCGCUUGGGGUCCAAAGGGUAUCUUGAGAUCUUGGAGAAGGCCCUAGCUAAAGGAAGCACAGUGCUAAUCGAGAAUAUUAGCGAGAAUGUAGACCCAGUGCUGGACUCUUUGCUUGGGAGAAAUCUUAUUAAAAAGGGGCGGGCUAUCAAAAUCGGUGAUAAGGAAGUGGAAUAUAAUCACAAAUUUCGACUCAUUUUGCACACUAAGCUAGCUAAUCCACAUUAUAAACCCGAGAUGCAGGCCCAAACCACUUUGAUCAACUUUACAGUAACAAGAGAUGGUCUGGAGGAUCAGUUAUUAGCGGAAGUCGUGAAAGCAGAACGACCGGAUCUAGAAGAACUAAAAGCAGACCUGACAAAACAACAAAAUGACUUCAAAAUUAUGCUCAAACGACUUGAGGACGAUUUACUCUCGCGUUUAUCGUCGGCUGGAGGUAAUAUUCUAGGUGACACAGCGUUGGUGGAAAAUCUCGAAACUACUAAGAAAACAGCGGCAGAAAUUGAAGAAAAAGUCAGUGAAGCCAAAGUUACAUCUAAAGAAAUUGACGAAGCACGCGAGCACUACCGUCCGGCUGCAGCGAGAGCCAGUUUGUUAUACUUCAUUCUUAAUGACCUUAACACUAUUAAUCCAAUUUAUCAGUUCUCACUGAAAGCAUUUAGUGUUGUAUUCCAAAAGGCCAUCUCCAAGGCUGAUGCAGCUGAUGAAGUUCCAUUACGAGUACGAAACUUGAUCGAUUGUAUUUCAUUCUCAGUGUUCCAAUACACUACCCGUGGGUUGUUCGAGUGUGAUAAAUUAAUUUUCAUGUCACAAAUGACAUUUCAGAUUCUAUUGAUAAACGAAGAAAUCACUCCAGCUGAACUCGAUUUUUUACUUCGUUUUCCAAUUAAGCCACAUGUAACGUCACCAGUCGAUUUUCUUACAAACACCGCAUGGGGGGGUAUUUGCAGCUUAGCUUCAAAAGAUGAAUUCCGAAAUCUUGAUCGUGACAUUGAAACCUCUUCCAAGCGCUGGAAGAAACUUAUCGAAUCGGAAUGCCCUGAAAAGGAAAAGUUUCCACAGGAGUGGAAGAACAAAACUGCACUACAACGUUUGUGUAUGAUGCGUGCGUUACGACCUGAUCGUAUGACCUAUGCCAUGACCGAUUUCAUUGAAGAAAAACUGGGAGCAAGAUAUGUUGAAAAUCGGACAAUGGAAUUUGCAAAAUCAUUCGAAGAAACCAGUCCAUCCACACCAAUUUUCUUCAUCCUCUCACCCGGCGUCAAUCCACUAAAGGAUGUGGAAGCUUUGGGCAAGCAGUUGGGUUAUUCUGCUGAUAAUGGCAAUUUCUACAAUGUGUCGCUUGGACAGGGCCAAGAAGUGGUGGCUGAAGGAGCCAUGGAUAAAGCAGCAUCGUCCGGUCACUGGGUGAUCUUGCAAAAUAUUCACCUGGUUAAGAAAUGGUUACCUGCGUUAGAAAAAAAGCUAGAAUUUUAUUCCGAAGGAUCACACGAUAAUUAUCGUGUUUUUAUGAGUGCCGAACCAGCUGCCACAGCAUCUGCUCAUAUCAUUCCUCAAGGCAUUCUGGAGUCUUCGAUUAAAAUAACAAACGAGCCACCUACUGGCAUGCAAGCCAACAUACAUAAAGCUCUUGAUAACUUCACACAGGAAACGCUGGAAAUGUGUGGAAAGGAAGCAGAAUUCAAAGUUAUUUUGUUUUCAUUAUGCUACUUCCACGCUGUUGUUGCCGAACGGCGCAAGUUUGGACCGCAGGGUUGGAAUAAAAUUUAUCCAUUCAAUGUAGGCGAUCUCAACAUUUCGGUAUCGGUUCUUUAUAACUACUUAGAGGCGAACACGAAAGUGCCUUGGGAAGAUCUGCGGUAUUUAUUCGGAGAAAUCAUGUACGGUGGCCACAUUACAGAUGAUUGGGAUCGUCGCACUUGUAUUACCUAUUUGGAGGAAUUAAUGCAACCCGAUCUAGUUGAUGGAGAACUGUUUUUAGCGCCGGGAUUCGCUGCCCCGCCAAACACUGACUAUGCAGGAUAUCAUACCUAUAUUGAUGAAGCGAUGCCUCCAGAAUCACCUUAUCUGUAUGGUUUACACCCCAACGCUGAAAUUGGCUUUCUUACUACCACCUCAGAGAAUUUAUUUCGGACGGUAUUUGAAAUGCAACCGCGGGACGCCGGAUCAGGUUCUGGAACAACCGUCACCCGUGAGGAUAAAGUUAAGCAGGUUUUAGACGAAAUUAUGGAAAAGUUGCCUGAGGAAUUCAAUAUGCCGGAAAUAAUGGGCAAGGUGGAGGAACGCACGCCAUACGUGAUUGUAGCAUUCCAAGAAUGUGAACGUAUGAAUUACCUUACCGGUGAAAUAAAAAGAAGCCUUAAAGAACUUGACCUUGGUAUGAAGGGCGAACUCACCAUCACGUCCGAUAUGGAAGAUCUGGAGAAUUCUCUCUUCCUUGAUCAGGUGCCUACUGUAUGGGCUUCUCGUGCUUAUCCUUCAUUGCUUGGCCUCACCGGGUGGUUUGUAGAUUUGCUCCUACGAUUACGUGAACUCGAAACUUGGUCAGCGGAUUUUGUGCUUCCUAUUUCCGUAUGGUUGGCAGGAUUCUUCAACCCGCAGUCAUUGCUGACUGCAAUCAUGCAGUCGACUGCACGAAAGAACGAGCUUCCACUGGAUAAGAUGUGCCUACAUUGUGAUGUUACGAAGAAGCAAAAGGACGACUUCUCGGCCGGUCCCAGAGAGGGUGCCUACGUUCAUGGAAUAUUUAUGGAAGGUGCACGAUGGGAUGUUCAGCAGAGUAUAAUCAUGGAAUCCAAGUUAAAGGAACUCUAUCCCCAAAUGCCAGUCAUAAAUAUUAGGGCAUUAACCCAGGAUAAGCAGGACCUACGUAACAUGUACGAGUGUCCAGUGUACAAGACUCGUACACGAGGUCCAACUUAUAUUUGGACUUUUAAUUUAAAAACCAAGGAUAAACCAGCGAAAUGGACUCUUGCAGGAGUUGCAUUACUAUUACAAGUUUAAAUUGUGUUUUUGUA